AUGGCCACCGCCAUCCACAUCGACCACCUGUGUCUCUCCAGUCGUCACCCGUCAACCAGGAUGAUCUCGGCGUUCUUCAUUUAUAACACAAAGGGAGAGGUCCUCAUUUCGAGGCUGUUCCGAAGCGAUCUCAAACGGAGCAUCGCGGACGUGUUUAGGAUUCAAGUGAUUAGCAAUGCCGACAUUCGGUCGCCCAUCAUCACUCUGGGGAGCACCAGCUUCUUCCAUGUGAAGAUCAACAACGUCUUCGUGACUGCCGUGACGAAGUGCAACGCCAACGCGGCGCUCGUGUUUGAGUUUCUCUACCGUUUUAUCACCAUUUCGCGCAGCUACUUUGGCAAGCUGGAUGAGGAGAGCGUCAAGAGCAACUUUGUUCUGAUCUAUGAGCUCCUUGACGAGAUCAUCGACUUUGGAUACCCGCAGAACUCGGAGAUUGACACGCUCAAGAUGUACAUCACCACCGAGGGUAUCAAGUCGGAGAUGGCAGUGCGCGAGGACUCGUCCAAGAUUACGAUCCAGGCGACCGGUGCCACGUCGUGGCGCCGAGCCGACGUCAAGUACCGCAAGAACGAGGCCUUUGUCGACGUCAUCGAGACGGUCAACAUGCUUAUGAGCAAAGAAGGCGCCGUCCUGCGUGCGGAUGUCGACGGCCAGAUCCUCAUGCGCGCGUACCUCUCCGGCAUGCCCGAGUGCAAGUUUGGCCUCAACGACAAGCUCGUUCUUGACAAGCGCGGCGACCAGGCCAAGACGGACGGCGCGGUGGAGCUGGACGACUGCCAGUUCCACCAGUGUGUCCGCCUGGGCAAGUUUGACUCGGACCGCUCCAUCAGCUUUAUCCCGCCCGACGGCGAGUUUGAGCUCAUGCGCUACCGCUCCACGUCCAACAUCAACCUGCCGUUCCGGCUGCAGACGCACGUCAACGAGCCGACCAAGAACCGCGUCGAGUACACGAUCCACCUCAAGGCGGCGUUCGACUCCAAGCUCAACGCCAACAACGUCGUCAUCCGCAUCCCCACCCCGCUCAACACGGUCAAGGUCGACGCAAAGGUCGGCAUGGGCAAGGCAAAGUAUGUCCCUGGAGAAAACCACAUUGUGUGGAAGAUUUCAAGGAUACAGGGCAUGCAGGAGUGUACCCUCACGGCCGAGGCCAACCUCGCCAUGACGACCACCAAGCAGGCCUGGUCGCGACCGCCCAUCGAGCUCGACUUUUCUGUCGUCAUGUUCACCGCGUCCGGUCUGCUCGUCCGCUACCUCAAGGUGUUUGAGAAGAGCGGCUACAACUCGGUUAAAUGGGUCAGGUUCCUCACAAAAGCGAACGGGACGUAUCAGAUCCGCUUUUGA